AAGAUGAAUGGAGGCCUUUUGGUGUUUGUUCUCGGAAAGGCGGGAAAGGGGAACUACACCUCCCGACUGGCCGCGCGCGGCUGCGCCUGCGCCCUGUUACCUGUCGCCAUCUUGCCCCUUCAGAGGCACCGCAAACAAACCCAAUUCCUGGUGUCCCCUAGUCUUGGCGGAGGAGCCUUUUAGAUGAGCCCCGAAAGGCCGGGCAGGGAGGACAAGCUCUUUGGGGCUACCAAACAGAAGCAGCAAUGCCUGUUGUGUGGCCAACCCUUUUGGAUCUCAGCAGGGAUGAAUGCAAAAGGAUUCUUCGAAAAUUGGAAUUGGAGGCAUAUGCUGGAGUUAUCAGUGCACUUCGAGCACAGGGGGAUCUCACCAAGGAAAAGAAAGAUCUUCUUGGAGAACUAUCAAAAGUUCUUAGCAUCUCAACAGAACGCCACCGUGCUGAAGUUCGGAGAGCAGUAAACGAUGAACGGUUAACAACAAUUGCACAUAAAAUGAAUUUAUCCUUAUAUUUGGGUGAAAGACCAAGUUACAGUAUGUCUGGACCUAAUAGCUCUUCAGAAUGGUCCAUUGAAGGUCGUCGAUUGGUACCACUGAUGCCCCGGCUCGUUCCCCAAACCGCCUUUACUGUAACAGCUAAUGCUGUUGCUAAUGCAGCUAUCCAGCAUAAUGCAUCUCUUCCAGUGCCUGCAGAAACAGGAAGCAAGGAAGUAGUGGUUUGCUAUUCCUACACAAGUACCACGUCAACCCCAACCUCUACCCCUGUUCCAAGUGGCAGCAUAGCAACGGUUAAGUCUCCAAGACCUGCCAGUCCUGCCUCCAAUGUAGUUGUCUUGCCAAGUGGAAGUACUGUUUAUGUCAAAAGUGUAAGCUGUUCAGAUGAAGAUGAAAAACCCAGAAAACGAAGGCGAACAAACUCUUCCAGCUCCUCUCCUGUUGUUCUAAAGGAAGUUCCAAAGGCCGUUGUUCCAGUCUCAAAGACGAUCACUGUGCCUGUGAGUGGUAGUCCCAAGAUGAGCAACAUCAUGCAGAGCAUUGCCAACUCCUUACCACCCCACAUGUCUCCUGUGAAAAUAACCUUCACUAAACCGUCAACACAGACAACAAACACAACAACACAGAAGGUUAUUAUAGUCACCACAUCACCAAGCUCAACCUUCGUGCCCAACAUUCUCUCCAAAUCCCAUAACUAUGCAGCAGUCACUAAGCUUGUACCAACAUCAGUCAUUGCUUCUACAACCCAGAAGCCGCCAGUUGUUAUAACUGCUUCACAGUCCUCUCUGGUCAGUAAUAGCAGCAGUGGCAGCAGCAGUUCUACACCAUCACCUAUUCCUAAUACAGUUGCAGUAACAGCUGUGGUGUCCUCUACACCAUCUGUGGUCAUGUCAACAGUAGCACAAGGUGUAUCUACAUCAGCAAUCAAAAUGGCAUCAACCAGACUUCCUUCUCCCAAAAGCUUAGUGAGUGCCCCAACUCAGAUUCUUGCACAGUUCCCUAAACAACAUCAACAGUCUCCUAAGCAGCAGUUAUAUCAAGUGCAACAGCAGACACAGCAACAAGUGGCCCAGCCUUCUCCAGUAUCUCAUCAGCAACAGCCUCAGCAGUCUCCUUUGCCACCUGGUAUUAAACCUACCAUCCAAAUCAAACAGGAAUCAGGUGUUAAAAUCAUCACACAACAGGUUCAACCAAGUAAAAUCUUACCCAAACCAGUGACAGCAACUCUACCCACCAGUAGCAAUUCCCCUAUUAUGGUGGUUAGCAGUAAUGGUGCAAUUAUGACAACUAAACUGGUAACCACUCCUACUGGCACACAAGCAACCUAUACCCGGCCAACAGUGAGCCCAUCCAUUGGUCGGAUGGCUGCAACCCCUGGAGCUGCAACCUAUGUGAAAACUACGAGUGGUAGCAUCAUUACAGUAGUACCCAAAUCAUUAGCUACCUUGGGGGGCAAGAUAAUUAGCAGUAAUAUAGUUUCUGGAACGACUACCAAAAUCACUACAAUUCCAAUGACUUCCAAGCCCAACGUGAUUGUUGUACAAAAGACUACAGGAAAAGGAACGACCAUUCAAGGCCUCCCGGGCAAAAAUGUUGUCACAACGUUGCUAAAUGCUGGAGGAGAAAAGACCAUUCAGACAGUGCCAACAGGAGCAAAGCCAGCUAUCCUCACUGCUACAAGACCCAUCACCAAAAUGAUUGUAACGCAGCCAAAAGGAAUAGGUUCUACAGUUCAACCAGCAGCUAAAAUCAUCCCAACAAAAAUUGUUUAUGGGCAGCAAGGGAAAACGCAGGUUCUUAUUAAACCCAAACCAGUGACUUUUCAAGCGACAGUUGUUAGUGAACAAACAAGACAGCUAGUAACAGAAACAUUACAGCAAGCAUCCAGGGUAGCAGAGGCUGGUAAUUCAUCUAUUCAGGAAGGAAAAGAAGAACCACAGAAUUAUACAGAUAGUAGUUCCUCUUCUACAGAGUCCUCCCAGAGUUCCCAAGAUUCCCAGCCUGUAGUUCAUGUAAUUGCUUCCCGGCGUCAGGAUUGGUCAGAACAUGAGAUUGCAAUGGAGACUAGCCCUACCAUAAUUUAUCAGGAUGUAUCCAGUGAAUCACAAUCAGCUACUUCAACAAUCAAAGCUCUGUUAGAACUCCAACAGACAACAGUAAAGGAAAAAUUGGAAUCUAAACCAAGACAACCCACUAUUGACCUCAGUCAAAUGGCAGUGCCUAUUCAGAUGACCCAGGAAAAGAGACAUUCUCCUGAGAGUCCAUCAAUUGCUGUGGUAGAGUCAGAACUAGUAGCUGAAUACAUCACUACUGAACGCACUGAUGAGGGGACAGAGGUUGCUUUUCCCCUUCUAGUCAGCCAUCGCUCCCAGCCCCAACAGCCUUCCCAGCCCCAGCGGACGCUGCUCCAGCAUGUGGCUCAGUCACAGACCGCAACACAGACUUCGGUGGUGGUGAAGUCCAUCCCAGCAUCUUCCCCUGGAGCAAUCACCCACAUUAUGCAGCAGGCAUUAAGCAGUCACACUGCUUUUACCAAACACAGCGAGGAACUUGGAACUGAGGAGGGCGAGGUUGAAGAGAUGGACACUUUAGACCCUCAGACAGGUCUGUUUUACCGAUCUGCCCUGACUCAGUCACAGUCAGCUAAACAGCAGAAACUUAGCCAGCCCCCGCUGGAACAGACUCAGCUGCAAGUGAAAACUCUGCAGUGCUUCCAGACUAAACAGAAGCAGACCAUCCAUCUGCAGGCAGACCAGCUCCAGCACAAACUCCCGCAAAUGCCCCAGCUUUCCAUCAGGCAUCAAAAACUCACCCCUCUCCAGCAAGAACAAGCACAGCCCAAGCCAGAUGUACAGCACACACAGCAUCCCAUGGUGGCCAAAGACAGGCAGCUUCCUACCUUAAUGGCACAGCCCCCGCAAACCGUAGUACAGGUGCUUGCAGUGAAAACCACGCAGCAGCUCCCUAAACUGCAGCAGGCUCCGAACCAACCAAAAAUCUACGUGCAACCCCAAACCCCCCAGAGCCAAAUGUCGCUCCCAGCUUCGUCAGAGAAACAGACGGCAAGCCAGGUGGAGCAGCCAAUUAUAACCCAAGGAUCCUCUGUUACAAAGAUAACUUUUGAGGGGCGCCAGCCUCCCACAGUUACAAAGAUAACUGGUGGCAGUUCUGUGCCUAAGCUGACAUCACCAGUUACAAGCAUAUCUCCCAUUCAGGCCUCUGAGAAGACAGCAGUGUCUGACAUUUUGAAAAUGUCUUUGAUGGAAGCUCAGAUUGAUACAAAUGUAGAACAUAUGAUAGUGGAUCCCCCAAAGAAGGCUCUUGCCACUAGCAUGCUCACUGGUGAAGCAGGAUCAUUACCCUCCACCCACAUGGUGGUGGCAGGGAUGGCGAAUUCCACUCCCCAGCAACAGAAAUGUAGAGAGUCCUGUUCGAGUCCAUCCACUGUUGGCUCUUCCCUAACAACAAGGAAAAUUGAUCCACCAGCAGUGCCUGCGACAGGCCAGUUCAUGCGUAUUCAGAAUGUAGGCCAAAAGAAAGCUGAAGAGAGUCCAGCAGAAAUUAUCAUCCAGGUCAAGACUAAAGAAUUACUGAGUCCAGGCUACCCCUUAGAAGUUGUAUUUUAUCUCCCUCUCUCCUUGCAAGGCUAUUCCUCAGUAUGCUAUUCCUUGUCACUCCAGCUCCAAUGUGGUGGUGGAACCCAGUGGGCUUCUUGAGCUAAACAACUUCACUAGUCAACAGCUGGAUGAUGAGGAGACAGCAAUGGAGCAGGACAUAGACAGUAGCACGGAGGAUGGAACUGAACCCAGCCCUUCUCAGAGCUCUGCUGAACGGUCCUAGUGUUUGGACACAAUAGUGCACUUUAAAACCUGCUUGGUUACCAAGUGUCCAGGGAAACCCUUGUAUUUUGAUGACUAAAAAGAGCACUUUGCCCGUACUUAGGCUGUGGACCCUAAAACAGCAGUGUUUCAACAAGAUAUUGCUGCAGGAGCAGCUUUUUAAAACAAGAUAAAACUCACAGGGGAAUGUACUUUUUUAAAAAAAAAUGAAAAAGGAAAAAAAAAAGCUGCGCAUUUACAGUGACUUAAGACCUGGUCUUCUUUCUCUGUUGGAUCGUGGCCGGUGAAGAAGUUUUGUCUUGCAGUGGAAAGAGACUUCCUGUGAAUGUUUCUCAACUGGUUUCUACUGAGUAAAAUACCAUCUAAAAGGAGAAUGUGAAUAGUUGUAUUUUGAAAUGAUGUGUCAGGAAAAGUUUUUUAAAAACUUGUAUGUUUUUGCAAAUCCCUGGAAGUGUUGAAUUGGUUAAAAUUUUACAUUUGCUCAGUUCAUAAUUAGUUUAUAAACACCUAGAAUAAUACUGGCAUUAAAGAAUCCUUGUUGGAUGGUAGAAAUCAGAUCCCUAACCAGUGGGAAGUACUUUUUGGGUGGCUUGUGCAUUCUUAUCAGUUGUGUGCUAAUUUAUUGUAUUGUUCCUUUGUGCUCUAAGCAGCACACUUGCCUUCUAUUUAUUUAAGUGUAAACAUUUCAAAGCAGGCCGUACUCCUUCUGACAAAUUUCUUGUAAACCAGGAUUGCCUACGCUUUCCACUGUCGUCGUCUCCCCACUUUCCCUCUUCCUUUAAGAAAACUUACUAAAAAAUGUUUCAUUGCGAAGCAGAGGAAAAGAAACAUUUUCAGACCUAAAGGAAAUGUUCGGUCGUGUUAAGAAAACAAAUUAUUCAUUCAUAUGAUGCUUUCUUAACGUUGAAAUUGCACAUUCACAUUGGACUGAGACUUUGAAAAUAACUUUUACAUACUUUUGUUUAAGCCCCUUUGAAAUGUAUAAAAAGUUCAUUUACAGUUCUAAAUGUAAUGUUUUUAAAUCUUCUAUCUUUUUAGGACACAGUUUGUUUAAGCAAUAUGUUUUGGUCUUGUGAUCGCUGUCUGUCACAAGUAGAGUGAAAGGGGUAAGGGGGUGGGAGGGUAAGAGUUUUGACAAGUUGUGGCAAAGGAAACUAUACUUUUCAUUUUUAAAAAUGUAAAUAGAAAAGUUUUUAACGGUUUUAUAUAGAUUUCACUAUAAAUAAGCAUUUUAAGACUGACAAAUGUUGAACUGUACAUACAUUUAUCAGCAUAACUGCCCAGUUUUUUUGGUGCUGAAGUACUGUAAGUAGAAUUCAUCAACAGUCUCCUAAUUUUUGCAUCUACAUCUGGGGGGAAAAAAAAGCUGUGAUACUAUAGUUAAUAAAUUCCCACUAGAGUGACACUGAAGAUUUAAACACAAGCAUUCAUAAGAUGCACUGAUCUCUGGUGGUUGUCACUAGUUCUGCUAGGUGAUAAUGAUUUACCCAUAGAUGGAGCUGUUGGAUAUUAUUUUAUUGUACAAAUUCAUGUUUAAAAAACUUUGUGACUGUUUCUAGUUAAGUAAUUUUUUAACGUUUCUUGGGUCAUAGACUUCUUUGGUAAACUAUGAACUCUCACCAAAAAGAUACACAUGCAACAUGUUAAAUACAUGUUAGACUUUGCAUACAAUUUUAGGGGCUCAUGGGCCUCUAAGCCUAUCCAUGUAUUCCAGGUUAAGCCCUCUGUUAUGGUCAAUCCAUUACUUACAGAUUAAGUUUUUAUAAAAUAAAGUAUCUUUUAAAUAUUCAUGGAUCAAGUAAUGAGCAAACUUGAAUAAAGUUAUGUUCUACAUAUUUUGGCAGCAUAGCAUACCUGUGUCCCUUGAGAAUUUAGCCUUCAUAUGUUUCUGCAAUUGGAAUGGCCAAUAAAAGUGCCAUCAUCUACAUUUUUUUAAAAAAUUGUGAAUAUUAAGAAAUUAUCAAGUGAAAUUUAAAAUUUUUCUUUUAAAGGUGCUAAUUCCAAAUAGAGCAUGCAUUCAUUUAUUUAUUCAACAAAUAUUAAUUGAGCAUCUUCUGUAUGACAGGUAGUAUUCCGUGCACUGGGGAUACCAUAGUGAACAAACAGGAAAUCCUGUCCUUAUGAAGUUUAUAAACAGGGCUUCCUGCUCAUGAAAUGGAUACAAGGAAUGAAGGUAGGAGAAAAUAAGAACAGUACUUAGGUUUUUUUAUUAAGUGGAUAGAUGAUGAUGCCAUAUAUGGAUUUUCAGACAUCCCUUUACUGAAAGUCUUAGCAUUAUAUCUAUUAGUAUUCCACAUUUAAGUACAUAAUUUAAAAGUAAUUUAAAGUCAUCUCUUUGAAGGAUAUUAACAAAUUACAAUGCAAAUGCUAUAGAAUUUUUAGAAUCCUAACAACUAUUAGUCAGUGAUAAGAAAAAUCCAUUUGGUUUAAAGUAAACUUUAAUAAGUGCCUAGUAUUGCAGAUGCAGUUUAUGGUGAACUUAGAGGAUUAAAAACCAAAGGGGGCUUCAUUGAGAUAGUCACAUGCCAUAAACUCACCCAUUCAAAGUAUACUGUUUAAUGGUUUUAGUAUAUUCACAGAGUUGGGCAACCCAUUACCACAAUCAAUUUGAGAACAUUUUCAUUAAUCACAAAAGAAAUCCUGAACUGAAACCACCACCACCGUCACUCCAGCCCUGGGUGGCCACUUAUCUACUUUCUGCCUCUUAUGGAUGUGCCGUAAGACAUGUGGACAUUUCAUAUAAAUGAGAUUAUAUA